AGGUAAUAAGACCUCUACACGAUGUCCACAGCUCGGCCCGUCGUAUCAGUAUACGAUCUCUCUGGAUCGUCAUCCAGCACUACCUGUGCUCCUACCGUCUUCCAGGCCCCUCUUAGGCCCGACCUAGUGAGGUCUGUCCACUCCGCUAUGGCCAAGAACAAGCGUCAGGCUCGUGGUGUUAAGUUUGAGGCUGGUUAUGAGACCGCUGCUGCCUCCUGGGGUACCGGUCGUGCCGUGUCUCGUAUCCCUCGUGUCCCUGGUGGUGGUACUCACCGUUCGGGUCAGGGUGCCUUCGGUAACAUGUGCCGUGGUGGUGGAAUGUUCGCUCCUCUUAAGACCUGGAGACGCUGGCAUCGCAAGUCUAACCUGACUGAGAAGCGUCAUGCCAUGGCCUCUGCCAUUGCCGCGUCUGCCUUGCCCCCUCUUGUCAUGGCCCGUGGUCAUCGCAUUGGUGAGGUACCUGAGCUUCCUCUCGUCCUCUCUCAGGGUGUUGAGUCUGUUCAGAAGACUAAGGAUGCCGUUGCCGUCCUUGAGGCCCUUGGUGCAGGUGCCGACCUCCAGAGGGUUAAAGAUUCUAAGAAGAUCCGUGCUGGUGCCGGUAAGAUGCGUAAUCGUCGUUACGUCAUGCGUCGUGGUCCUCUUGUCGUCUAUGCCGAGGAUGAUGGUCUUACCAAGGCCUUCCGUAACAUCCCCGGUAUCGAGCUCUGCCAGGUUGAUCGUCUCAACCUCUUGCAGGUCGCUCCUGGUGGCACUUUCGGCAGAUUCAUUAUCUGGACUCAGCCCGCCUUCGACCGUCUUCAGCAGCUCUUCGGUUCCUACAGGUCCGGUGCUGCUUUGAAGUCUGGUUACAGGCUUCCUAGGCCUUUGAUGACCAAUGCUGAUGUGGCUAAGAUCAUCAACUCUGAGGAGGUUCAGGCUGUCUGCCGUCCUGCUCUUGCUCCUGCUCGCCGUGUUGGCCAGAAGAAGAAUGCCCUUAAGAACCGCCAGAUGAUGGCUAAGCUCAACCCUGGUGCUCUUCAUCGUGCUAAGCUGCGUGCUCAGGCCCAGCAGGAGGGUACUCAGGCUCAUGCUCAGAAGGUUGCUGCUAUCCGUGCCCGUGCUGAGCAGGCCAAGAAGAGCGCUAAUGUCGGUAAGACCUUCUACAAGGAGCUUACUGCCGCUUAUCAGCCCACCGUCGAGAGCGAGUCGGAGGAUGAGGAGUAAAUUGGAGUCGCAAUAUUCGAUAUCGCGUGUAUCGGGAUAUAAGAGCGUUUGAUACCGGUAGAGG